AUGUCGCUUGAACCUUAUUGGACUAUAACGCAUGGUCAUGCAAACCGUACUGGCUGGAGUUGUCGAGAAUGUCAUGCUGUAAUCUACCAAGGUGAACCAAUAGUAAUACGCGAUGGACGUAAACUUCGUUUAAUGUAUCACGAACGCUGUUAUAGUGGUAGUUCAGACCCGCGCACACAAGCUGGUAGUUCUUACUAUGAUAAUAAAUGGACUAAUGCUCAAUCUAUCCAUGAAAAAGCACCACCUGUCAAAGGAUAUGGUAAAUGGAGUUGCAGUGAAUACGGUUACAAAGGUGAUUUUUAUACAACGGCUCCAAAUGUAAAAACACGAUCCAGAUCUAAAGAAUCAAAUAAUAUAGUGACGUCAGGAUCAGCUAUUCAAAAAACUGGAUAUUCCAAUUCAUCUAAGAAAACUUUCUAG